AUGUCCAAGCUCUUAGCUUACACGCCGAUGCUUCACGCGCGACUGUUCUCACAAGACGAAAAAUAUCGAAAGGCACACUACCAGGCUGACGGAAACCCAAAGAUUGAUCGGCCUCUCUUUGUUCAGUUUUGCGCAAAUGAUCCCGAGGCGCUGCUUUCUGCGGCGAAGCACGUUGCGCCGUACUGCGAUGCCGUGGACCUGAAUUUGGGAUGCCCGCAGGGCAUUGCGCGAAAGGGCCACUACGGAGCGUUUCUCCAGGAGGACCAGGACCUCAUCUUUCGACUGAUCAAUAUACUGCACAAGGAGCUUUCGAUCCCGGUCACGGCUAAGAUUCGCGUGUUGGAGACGAAGGAGAAGACACUGGAAUACGCAAAGAAUGUGCUGAGUGCUGGAGCUUCCAUCUUGACUGUGCAUGGCCGAAGACGAGAGCAAAAGGGUCACCUCACUGGCGUUGCGAAUUGGGAAAUGAUUCGCUUCCUCAGAGACAAUCUGCCGCCCGAGACUGUAAUCUUUGCAAACGGAAACAUCCUACAAGAUGGCGAUCUGGAAAAGUGUCUGGCAGCCACCGGAGCGGAUGGCAUCAUGUCAGCAGAAGGCAACCUCAGCGACCCCGGCCUAUUCGGCAACCCACCACCCCCCGAAGAGAAGAGCAGAGAGUACUGGAGGGGAAAAGAUGGCAAAGGCGGAUGGCGAGUCGACGCCAUCACGAGGCGCUACCUGGAUAUUUUACACAAAUACGUCUACGAGGCCGAUCCUCCGCGGCGACGACCGCUCUUCGUACCAGGCGACGACACCGCCUGGCUGACAGAAGGCGAGAACGGCAGCAACUCCGAAGAUGCAGACCAGCCGGCAAAGAAGAAGCGAAAGAAGGAAGACGACAAGGCUCUCAACUCGUCGCCCAACAUCUCCGCCCUGCAGCCGCAUCUGUUCCACGUCCUGCGCCACUUCGUCACCAAGCACACCGACAUCAGGGACCAGCUCGCGCGGGCCCGCAGGGACGGCAUCGACGGCUACGAGAGGGUUCUCGCCGCUGUGGAGAAGAGGGUCGCCGAGGGCCUGCUGAAGUACGAGGAGACGGAGGGCAAGAGCUUCGAGGAGGAGCUGGAAAAGGUCGGCGAGAGGGCUAUCGAGGGCGUGCCUGAGGAGGAGAGCUCGCUGGGGACGAUUAAGAGGUGUAAGCGCCCUUGGUGGGUGGCUCAGCCGAUUAUUCGGCCGCUGCCGAGCGAGGCGCUGGCCAAGGGGGCUAUUACGUUGAAGAAGGAGAAGGACAAGGGCGGCAAAGAGAAGAUUGAGGAAAAGAAGAAGACUGAAGGUGAUGAGAAGAAGGCUGAAGAUGACAAGAAGAAUGGGGAUGGACAGGUUGAAGCCAAGAAAGAGACAGAGGUAGAGCAACAGACAAAACAGGAGAUUGCAUCAAGAGAUGGACUCGUCUCUGGAUGA